GAGCACGCCCGCCCCACAGCCCCAGACUUUUACUCUCUCGGCACAUCGUGUAUAGUCAACAACAGCUGGACCUGGGGUGCAUUGUUUCCUGGUUUCUGCGAUCAUCAGGCGUCUGUCAGAGCCCGAGAGCAACUAGUGUGGCCUUGUUUGCGGGGAAGCGAUGGAGCUUCAGGUCUCGUUCCGCGGGAAGCCGCUCACCGUGACAGGCGUUGAUCACGCGACGGCCGUCGAGAAUCUCAAGAACAAACUGGAAGAGCUCACAGCUGUGCCAGUCGCCAACCAAAAGCUGAUUUUGAAGGGUAAGGCUUUGCGCGACGAAGCUGGCACGCUGGAAACGGCUGGGGUCUUGGUUCCAAGCCCCGCGCAGACUGCAAUGACGAAGACAGCAACAGGGAGACACGAGGAGAAAGGCGACACUUUCGUCCAGAUGUCCAAGCUAAUGCUGGUCGGAAGCAAGCCUUCCGAGGUAGAGGAAGUCCUCAGAGAGCAAGACCGUGUGAGGGUUCGCAAUGACCUCAACCGAGAGGUCAUCCCGAAGGGCUACAAGAAGGUCGCGCUCAAUCACCUCCCGGGGCCCUCGGAUUUGUCCCCGUACAGGUUCGAGCGCAUCGAGACCCUCCCUGGGCUGCCCGAGGAAGAAACCGCCAGGAAAAUUCUGCAGUCAUUGGCGGCGGACCCGGGGGUGCGCGCGGUGCUGGAGAAGCACCGAUGGACGGUGGGCGCCCUGUGCGAGCUGUACCCGGAGGGCAAGGUGGGGGUGAGCGAUACGUGCGUCAUGGGGCUGAACCAGAACCACGGCAUGAAGAUCCUGCUCCGUCUGAGGACUGAUGACCUCCAGGGGUUCCGAAAGAUCCUCUCCAUCCGGAAAGUGCUGUUCCACGAGCUAGCACACAACGAGUUUAGCGACCACGACGACAACUUCUACAUGCUCAUGCGACAGGUGGAACGAGAAGCGGCUGAACUGAACUGGACGCGGCAGUCCGGUGGUCGUACCCUCGCAGGCCGCCCGCCCGCACCUCGUGCUGAGCCGGCCGGCCUCCCGGGAGGCGGUGGGGGCUUCGUGCUUGUCAAGGAAGCGUUCGAGGGGGGUUCGGGGAGGCUUGGGGGAGACAGCAACGCGUUCACGAAGAUCUUUUCUGCGGGAGAGAUGGCGGGACAGGCGGCCGUGCAGCGGCUGACCCCCGAAGAGCAAGAGGUCGAGGACUGCUGUGGCCAUACCAAGGGCAACAAUCACGCCACCGCCGCGGCUACCGCUGCCACACCCGCCGCGGCCGCGCCCGUCACGGCGGCUGCUGCCUCUGCGUCCGCUGCUGCUACGACUACUCGAUUGUCCGUCGCACAAAGUCCGUGUGAUUGCUCGAGCGCUGUGUCCGGAGGGGUGGCGGCUGGGGCAGCCGAGGUGGAGAAAGAAGAGCGGUUGGCGGAGACCAACGCCAUUGCGUCACUGGUUUCGGAGAUAUCGGCUACGUCGGGUGACUUCGACGACGGUGUCGCCCGGGCUCUGACGUCGGCGGCAGCGGGGACAACAAACGGGGACCGCGGCGGGAGUACCGAUGUGAAACCAAGAGGUGAUGAAGAACGACAAGCGGAGCGAGGGCAAGGCCAGGCAGUAGCAAGCGCGAUGGAUGUGACCGAAGAAGAAGGCGACGGAAUCUCCGUAGAACCGGUGGACUCGCAACCCCUCGAGGCAGCAGCACCCACUCCGUUGGAGACGGACCAGGAGCCCUCCCGGGUAGCACGGGCCUCUCCAGCACCCUCACCAACACCACCACCGCCGCCAGAGACACCAGCGGCGGCAGCAACCAACCUAGCACCAGCACCACGGACACCCGAAUCCUCUUCCCUGGACGAGCUCCUGGAGAUGGGGUUUCCUAGAGAAGCCGCUGUGGAGGCGUUGUCUGCCUCUGGCGGGUCGAUACCCGACGCGGCGUACCGAUUGCUCACCUCGGGGAUGAUGGAAUCGGGCAGAAACAACAGCAGCGAAGCUUUCGGUAUGACGGCAGCUGGCGGUGGGGCGCAGGGUAGUCGAGAAGCGGGUGGCGAUACUGGUAGUGAGGGAGGGGUGCGGCUGCCUCGAGACGUCAGGCUUCAGCGAGCGGCGGACAGGGUCGCCGGGCACGCUGACAGGGCCAGGGCUUUACAGUGCUUGGACGUGCUGGCGGCGGUGUUCCGGAACAUCAUGGAACACCCCGAGGAGGCCAAGUUCAGGAAAGUCCGGCGCUCCAACGGGAAGUUCAAGGCGUCUGUGGGGGCCGUGGCCGGAGGGGUGGACGUGCUCCUCGCGGCCGGUUUCGAGGAGAGGGGCGACGACCAGCUGGAGCUCGGCAGGCAGGACCCUGGUCUCAUCUGGUUGGCCAAGAGCACGGUGGAGGCGUGGCAAGAGCGACUGCGUCACGUCUAGUCUACGUAAACGCAAUCGAAGCUGCUGCCGCCGCUGGUGGUGGUGGUGGUGAUAGUACUGAUGUUCGUGUGUAACGAAAUCUUGUGCAGGCACCGCACGGCAAUGCAUCGCUUUGGCGAAACAAGGUUGUCGACCUGUUUGCAACAGAAUGGGCUCUGGUUUCGCAACAGUCCCGCGCCUAAACGUGUAGAUAAUUAUCCCGGUAGUGCUACGGUAGGUUUUGGGUAGAAUGCAUGACUUGUGCUGUUUCAAUGGUCGUCGGUCGUACACGCGAGUGUGCUUUCCACAGGCAAGUGUGUAGAUAUCCCCGGGAGGUUGGAUAGGUAUUGCGUCAGUUGUUCAUCUCCUUCGGAAUGCCAAAGACAUUGGUCCGUUAGAAUAUGUUCUUUUCCUCCCCACGUUUGGUGUAUAUUUUUGUGGAACUCCCGGCCGUUGCUGUUAUGAACCUCUCCAAAAUUCAGGAGAUGUACAGUUUUGGGCUUGGUUGGUCUUGCAUCUGUUAGCAAGAGACCAGGAGUAAUUUCUUCGAAUGUCGCCGGAGAAUGCAGAGAGAGAAUGGUGCUCGCAGUUUUCUGAUUGGUCAAAACGUUUUGGAUGGAAGCUUGGUUGGUCGAAAAUUCCAUGGUCGACCGAUGGCGGCAUCCACGGCUACGACUCUUCGUCUCUACAUAACGCCCAAUAUAGCACCAAUUGGUGAUUCCAGGAAUGGAAGGCGGCACAACCACAUGUCCCCCUCUCAGUUUAUUUUCUUUCCUUGCCUUUCUUGGACGAUUAGCGUGGUUGCGAGGAAGUUUCGCCAUUCUGGGACAGAAGCUUUGCUCUCCGGCCAAGCAAUAUUGGAUGUCACAAGAGGACUCGGCCUCGCGACCUUUGGCGCAGCAUUUUCCAGAGAAUCAAUCG